AUGAAAGUCAUACUUACAGGCUCUACCGGAUUCGUCGGUCGCGAAAUACUCAACCAGUGUCUGGCACAUCCUGCUAUAACCUCAGUCGUGGCACUGAGUCGACGUGAGCUGCCACAGCACGACAAGCUCAAAGUUGCGGUGAUCGAGGAUUUCCUCUCUUACCCAGAAUCCGUUCGCAAAGAUAUCACAGGUGCAGAAGCAUGUAUUUGGACAAUCGGUUUAAUACCCAGUAAGGUUCCCAAACCCGACGACGGGACCGCAAAGCGCGUCAGUAUUGAGUACACGUUAGCAGCAGCUCGAGUAUUCCAAGAAGUAUGUCAGAAGCCCUUCCGCUUCGUAUAUGUGAGUGGCGCGGGCACGGAACGGGAUCAGAGCAAGUCGCUGUGGGUCAUGCAGGACUAUCGGCGCAUUCGGGGACAAGUUGAGACUGAACUCCUGGAUUUCGCUGGGGCUCAUGGGGAUUUCAAGCCGUAUAUUAUGCGGCCUGCCAUGAUUAUAUCGCGGGAGAUGAGUCUGCGCAGUUUGAUUUUUGGGCUAGGGCCAUCAGUCAAAGUCGAUGUCCUAGCUGAAUAUAUGAUUGAGUUGGCGCUAAAGGGCGGGGAUAAGGCGAUUUGGGAGAAUGCUGAUAUGAAAUAG